UUAGCUAAUCCAACUUGUCCACUUCUAGCUGUGAGAGCAAGGCAGCUGGCCCAAGUGUAUGAUGUGGAACAGCGUUCCUUAAAAUCCCAGUGGGAAUUUUCCCAUCCUAUUGAGCACUGGGUCUGGCUAGAUGCAGGUACUCUAGCUGUGGUGACCGAGGAAGAAGUCCUGCACUGGACCAUCCAACGUACCAAACCAAGACGUCAGUUUAGCAGACAUGAGCGACUCUGGGGCAUGGAGGUGGUAGGGUACCAACAGGAUGCCAGUUGUAUGUGGAUGGCUCUCUCUGCCCUGGGGCUUGAGCAGGGCCAGGUUGUGGGUUUGGCCCAGCUCUAUUGGCGAGGGGGCAAGCUAUCUCAAGUCAUAGAAGCCCAAGCAGUGGCCUUGCCCCAACAUAGAUUUUCUAGGAAUCCUCAGCCUUCAGCAGCUCUCUUGGCUGCUGUGCGGAGAGGCAAGGAACGGAUUGGACAGUUCCAUGUGGUAGAGCUGGGCCCCCAUCAACCAGGGAAUGCAGCCUUGCUCAGUACCCGUGGCAACAUACCCUUCAAAGGAGCUCGGCCAGGUGACUUCCCUAGUGCUGUACAGUUCCUGCCCCACUUAGGUGUGGCAGCAAUUCUUACCAAACACGCCUUGCUCUUCCUUGCGGAUGUUGAGACAGCACAAGUCAUCCAUCGCGUCCACCUGGUGUGGGAUAUCCUGUUUGCCACUGUACUUGAUGAUGAUAAACACCACAGCCUGCUAGGAGUCUGCCGUAGCGGCAAGGUUCUGUCCAUCUCCAUCUGUCCCUACACACUGUGCCAGUAUUUAGCUCGCCGUCCUGCCAGCCUCUACCUCUCCCAGCGGGUGCUGCAGCUGGUGGGCCAGGUUUCCUGAUCAAGGGGAGCCUGUUCUCGUGGAGUGAUAUUGAUCCAAAUAGAGGGGAUGGUUGUUCUACCUCACAUGGAUCCCAUAGGAUGGAGAGGGACAGCCUCUCAAGGGAGGGAGGAGGGGAAAUGGUGUCCGUACCAGCAGUGGGCUUGCUGAGCUGCUAUGGCACUGGGGAAGAAAAGGAUUGACAAUUCUGUGGGGGAAUACGAUGUCUAUAAGUAUGAAUUUUGUUUUUGUAUACUGGGCAGAUUUUAUGGGGAGAGAAAAUGCCCAUAGUGAGGAUAUUUAUUCUGGAAGAGGACAUAGGAACAUAUCUGUAGAACUGGUUUCUUUGCCCACUCUAUAGUCUUGGUUUCUAACCUGUCCUGGUUCCUUUUUAAAAAGUGAUGCUAGGUGCAGGAGAGCUGU